AUGGGAUUAGACAGCGGAAUAAGUGAAAGUCGAAAUCAUUAUGAACAAAGGGAGCAUGAUAGGCCCGUAAAGCCCUCAACCGAUGGCAUAUUCCAGGAGCAAACGUCGGCUGAGACUCAAAGAUCCGAUAAUCAUGAAAUUCAGCAACUCAUCCGCCAAGGCCUGAGAUCUAACCCUCGAUCUCUACCAUCUCUUCUAUUGUGGGAUUCUGUCGGCCUUAAUUUAUACGAAAAGAUCACAGAGUCUCCUGAUUAUUAUCUCACUCGUGUCGAAGCAGAUGUUAUCCGCAAUAACGUUGACGCAAUAGUGCAGUCGAUUGGAGCUAAUGGGGUUAUUUUAGAGUUAGGAAGCGGGUCGCUAUCAAAGACGUCCAUUAUCCUUGGCGAGUUUGCUAGACGGGAGAUACCUGUGACAUAUUUUGCCCUUGAUCUUUGUGCAUCGUCUUUGGCAAAAAGUCUUGAAAGUCUCCGUUCAUACUUGGGCCACUCUGCUUUUGUGACCUGUCAUCCCCUAUGCAUGACUUAUCAGGACGGUGUUUCUUGGGUGGCGAAUCAGCAAUUUCUUUGCGGAAAGAGAGUCACAGUAUUGUGGCUAGGAAGCAGCUUGGCAAACGAACCAAUGAAUGACUUCCAGGAUCUUGCCAACGGUAUCACGACUGCUUAUACCAACAGCUCCUCCACGUCAAAUAUCCAGUUUCUCAUUGGAGUUGACGGGAAUAAAGAUGCCUCUUCCGUUUCCCGUGCAUAUGACACGUCGGAUGGGCUCUCCCGUAGAUUCACUCUCAACGGUAUCAACAACGUCAAUCGUGUUUUGGGCGCAGACGUUUUGGAUGCAGCCAAAUGGACGUUCGAGGGUGCCUGGAAUCCCCAAGAAGAGGCUUUUCACACAAGCAUCAAAUCUGUGGAAGAUCAGGAAGUGAUAAUCGCAGAUGAACGGCUGCAAAUUCCGAAAGGAGAAAAUAUACGAUUUAUUCUCAGUCGCAAACUCAGCAGCAACCAGUUCGAAGAAUGGCUCGCCGGUACAGCGCUCCGAGUUAUGACAGUUUGGGAGCAUUCUAAGUUCAACUAUGGGCUCUACCAGCUGGCGCCAGCCUCGAAGUCCAUGCUCUAA